GGGGGAAAAAUAAAAAAAAAAAAAGCAAAAAAAAAGAAGCAAUAAAAAGGAAGCCAAAUGAAGCUCAAAUGAAGUUACAAAAAAAAUCGAAAACAACUCGCGUAAAAACUAUUCCGAAGGAGCGCAAAAGGACCAACCAAAACAGCGUCACUUAAAGAGCCACCCACAUUCCAGGUUAACCGCAAAGAAGAGUUUCCUUUUUUUUCCCCCCGCGGUAUCAUUUCCAGUAGCGAAGUUCCUACAAAUAUUUGAGCGCGUUGGCCCCAGGAUUUUCCCCCCAAUUGAAUCACAUGACUGUGCGGAGAAAAUGUACAUGCUAAGGUACUACUUGGACGCCAAUGGGAAGAGGGUAUACACGGUGAAGCCCGUGGUCGAUGGGAAGGUGACCUUCUCGGCCCACCCCUGCCGAUUUUCCCCGGACGACAAGUUCUCCUCCCAGCGGGUAACCCUCAAGAAGAGACUCAACCUGUUGUGAGGCACGCGGAGGAGGAGCACCCACCUGUGCCGAUACGAAUGAGCGGUUGAACUGCACAUACAAAUGGAGUUGCCACGUGCUGCGCCGCACGAAAAACACCCGUGCCAAAAGGGAACAGAACGGAGGAGAAGUGGUGAUGGGGAGGAGACCCUCUGAAGUUAAAAAAAAAAAAAAAAAAAAUGUGACACAAAUGUGGCAUAAAUGUGACAUACGUGUGACAUACGUGUGGCAUAAUAAUUGUGUAUACAUAUAUAACCCCUCCACGAGUUGCACUCGUAUGCGGCGCAGAACCGUUGGCAACUUGUGGAGUUAGUCUUCUCGUGUGCCGCUUGAUUUUGCAGCUCGCGCGAUGGGCCCUGUGCAAGUCAUCGCUUAACCGCAAGCUGCAUUUGCGUAUGCUUUAAUUUUUUU